GUUGGUUGGGGGUGGGAUUUUAGUACAGGGGAAAAAAGGACGUUCUAAUCUCCAGAUUGUCUUGUCUUUUGUGCGAGUGUGUGUUGGUUGAAGCGGCAGGGUCGAUGUGUUCUGAAGGCAGCAAUACAAACUGAGUAUAUCCUGGGAAGCGGGUAGAUUUUCCCAAAUGAAAAGUGUACGGCCUUCUCUCUCUCUCUCUUUAAUCUCCUCUUGUCUGUGUGGAAGUAACCGGACUGUCAGCAUGUUCAUUUCGUAAGUGAGUCUAACGCAACAGCAGCAGCAAGAGGGAGAGAGAAAAGCAGCAACUUUUCCUUUACUGGGCUGUGGUGAUUUGAUUCUCGGUUGAGGACAGGACAAGAAGCUUGUGUGUGCGUUAGUGCAAAUGGAAAAGCGUAGAUUUUGGAAAAUUUCAUGGAGUAAGUGAAAAGAGUUUUUACUGCAACAUCUAAAAUAAACUAUUUAAGGGGGGGGAAAAGAGCAGAUCUUCAGCCCCACGUUUUCAGCCCAUACUCAAUUGGCUUUUUGAAAGUGCAGAUCCUUUGAGACAGACAGAGAGGGAGAGAGAGAGAGAAGAAGAAAAAAAUCCGUAUUUGUAACUAAAACACAUUGCAUCCAGGGAAGGUUGACAGAAUCAACCUCUUGUGGAGCUCAGCUGCGCUGAAAUAUACAAGCAAAAAUACCCAGCAGCACCCCUGUUUGCAUAAACGGAAUGGCGAAGUGAAAAUAUUUCCAACUUUUUUUUUAAUUUGUAACUUUCUGAUUUGUUUGCUUGCUUAAAAAAAACCCUUUUUUUCCAAACUUCCCCCACCCCCAACCUCAAAGAUAAAAUUACUAGCUCUAAAAAUAAAGCAGUGGUUAAAGACUCCCCCCCCCCCUUCCCACACCUCUCUUGCUUACUGUGUGUUUGCGUUUGACAAAGAAAUUAUUUGAACUUCCCUCUGCCUCAUAAAAGGGAAGCAGAAUAGCAGUUUUGACAUAUGGAUGUGAUUUUUCUGCUCUGAGACAGAUGCACACACCAAACAAACAGCACCAGGAACUGCUGCUCUGACUGAACUGGGUGUUGGUGCUCCCUUCACAUGGACUCUUUCCCUACAUUUCUGAAACUGCAUCGAUUUCCAGCCAUGAGAAAGCGAAGCAAAGAACUGGGGUUUCUCGUCAUGUGCCUCUCUGGCUAAAACUGUGGAAACAAACAAGCAAAUAAUAAUAAAAACAAGCUGGGAAGGAAGAAAAAUAAAAGAAAAAAAAAUCAUCUACGACUGGAUCCCUGGAAGAUCCUUCGUCCUUCUACUUCCCUUAGAGAUCGUGGAUGCUGCAAUAAGUCUCUUGGAUAUGGGAUCAUAUUUGGUUUAUCACAGCCUGGGUUUGAUCCUCUGCUGCUCGGUGUUGAGUUCUGUCUAUGCUCUGGUGGAUGCUGACGAUGUCAUCACCAAAGAGGAGCAGAUCUUCCUGCUGGUAAAAGCCAAGUCCAAGUGCGAGCGCCACCUGAAAGUCAAGAUGCACGAUGGUUUCUGUCUGCCCGAGUGGGACGGCAUUGGCUGCUGGCCCGAAGGCGUGCCGGGCAAAGUGGUGGCCAUGCCGUGUCCUGAGUACAUCUAUGACUUCAACCACAAAGGCCAUGCCUAUCGGCGGUGUGACGUUAAUGGGAGCUGGGAGCUGGUGCCAGGCAACAACCGCACCUGGGCGAAUUACAGCGAAUGCGCCAAGUUCCUCACCAACGAAACCAGGGAGACGGAGGUCUUUUAUCGCCUCUAUUUGAUUUAUACUGUUGGAUACUCCAUCUCUCUGGGAUCCCUGACAGUUGCUGUCCUUAUCUUGGGAUACUUCAGGCGUUUGCACUGCACAAGGAACUACAUCCACAUGCACCUGUUUGUCUCCUUCAUGCUGAGAGCGGUCAGCAUCUUUGUGAAGGACGCGGUCCUGUACUCUGGGUCGGCUCUGGAGGAGAUGGAGCAUCUGUCUGAAGAAGACCUCAUGUCCAUUACCGAGGCCCCCCCAGCGGAUAAGUCGCAGUUUAUGGGCUGUAAGGUCGUCGUCACCUUCUUCCUGUACUUCCUGGCGACCAAUUACUACUGGAUCCUGGUGGAAGGGCUCUAUCUCCACAGCCUCAUCUUCAUGGCCUUUUUCUCUGAGAAGAAGUAUCUUUGGGGCUUCACGCUGUUUGGCUGGGGACUCCCUGCUGUAAUUGUCACAGUGUGGGCCAGUGUGAGGGCCAAUCUAGCAGACACAGAGUGUUGGGACUUGAGUGCCAGCAAUUUACAAUGGAUAUUUCAGGUGCCCCUCCUGGUAGCUAUUGUGGUAAAUUUUAUUCUUUUUAUCAAUAUUAUCCGAGUCCUAGCAACCAAGCUACGGGAGACAAACGCAGGGAGGUGCGAUACGAGACAACAGUACAGGAAGCUGCUGAAAUCUACCCUUGUCCUUAUGCCUCUGUUUGGAGUUCACUAUAUAGUUUUCAUGGCUUUGCCAUAUACAGAGGUGUCAGGGAUUCUUUGGCAAGUUCAAAUGCACUAUGAAAUGCUGUUCAACUCUUUCCAGGGAUUUUUUGUUGCCAUCAUAUACUGUUUUUGCAAUGGAGAGGUUCAAGCCGAAAUAAAGAAGUCAUGGAGCAGGUGGACUUUAGCCCUUGACUUUAAAAGGAAAGCACGAAGUGGGAGCACGACCUAUAGCUAUGGACCCAUGGUCUCCCAUACCAGCAUCACUAAUGUAACCACCAGAGGGGCCCUAGCCCUACAUCUCAAUACGAGACUUGUACCGGGUGCCCUCAAUGGACACCGAAAUUUGCCAGGCUAUGUCAAAAAUGGCUCAAUUUCUGAAAACUCCAUGCCUUCUUCUGGGCCAGAGCAGUACAACAAAGAAGAGGAGUACCUGAACGGGUCUGGACUUUAUGACGGAGACAGACCCACGGUACUUGUUGAAGAAGAAAGAGAGACAGUGAUGUAAAGAAAGAAGAAGAAGACAUUUCCCAGAGAGCGUUUAGUGGGCAAAAGAAUGCCAGGCCACAAAUCAGAUGCCAAGGGUUUUCAUACAGUUUCUCUAUUCUGUGGAACAAGAGAUCAAGUUAUAUGGGAAAAGUGGACCACAGAUGUGGCCAGCUGUUGAUCACACACAUUUACGUAGUGGUCUAGUCUUCAAGGUGUGAAUGAAGGCAGUCUUCUCCAGACCCACGGUCCUUGUGACCUGUUGAACAACGGGGAUAUUCAGAGUUUACAAGGGGAUGUACAAAUGAUACUCUGUAGUUUCGCCUCUCAGAGAGUGUCCACAGCACAAAGAUGCAGGGAAUUCAACCAAGUGAAACGAGACAGUCUGGUGAGGAAUGUGACACGCCAUUUUCUUUCAGUGGUGCAAGCUACCCCAGGGUGUUGCCAUCACUGCUUGGAUGGGUUUGGUUUUCUCAUUCGUUUUAAAGAAGUCUAGCUGCCCUACAAUCACCCACACCAGACUGGCUGAGUCCCACUGGCCAUGUCUGCCAGUUCAAGAACACAGCACAGACAGCUCUGGUUUGAUGGUUUUGCCCCUUCGUUAUAAAACCCACCCCUUGGGGUCAUUGUGUGCAGUUCCCUGCCGGAGGGGCCUUAAUUCUGAUUCCUUGAUGAUGCAGCAUGCUUUUGUGAUAAAUGACUCCCAGCUACUGGAUUGCGAGUGCCGAAUGGGCUUCCCGUUCUCCUACCCAGAGCCCAAACGACAAGAGAGAAGCCAGUACAAUCCUAGGAUUAAAAUGCAAGUAUCAGAAUGUAAUGCAUUAGCUUGUCCAAUCUUAGAAAGAAGCCCAUUCUGUCUGCUUCUAAGUGGGUCGAGAUGGAAAGGAAAGUUUGCAGCUGCCUUGGUGUGUGUGUGUGCAUCCGUAAAGCCAACUCAAACCUUUUCUUUCUUUUCUUUUUGGAAUUUCAGGAAAAUUGACUUAAAAUCUUUAAAUUAUUUUUCGUUCUCACCUCUGCAUUGCCUGCUUCCUGUUGGGUCUGGGCAGGCCAAACUAUCUUGAAGGACUGUUGUAGCAGUAUUCCCAUCUCAGCCGGGAGCAGGAAGGAGUGGGAGUUGGAUGAGACAGCCUGGUCUCAUGAGAUGUACAGGCCAGUUUUACAGAGCCAAGGUAUUUGGCUACUUCGGAAUUCCAGACUUCUGGGUGCACUGCCGAACUUGCCAGACUUUUUGUGGUUUGACCAUCAAGAACACACACACACACACGUAAGGUGGGCCAUAUCCUCAGCUGGUGGAAAUGGUUGUACGGUUGUAGCUCCACUGAGGUCAUUGAAACUACCUAUUGAGAACGAGUAUCCGGACAUCACAGUGAUGGGCCAAAAAGGGAAAACUGUAAGAGUCUGUGUGAAUGGCAGGAAAAGGGAUCAGGGAUAUAUUUUCACAAUCUACCAUUUCCCUUGCUGGUGGAUUCUGUUGAUGUCCUGCUGUCACCAUGGAAGUAGGUGGUGGUGAUGUUCCCCCACUCUGGUACUUUUAUCUGACUUGCCUGCUAAGCAGCAGUCAAGUGGUAAAAUCCAGGGGUUAGACCUUUGGCUGCUGAAACUUGGCAUAGCUUCCUUCAAGCCAUUUCACACCAGCUGAGCUUAUUGCGUGGUGUCUCUGUAGAUGCUAUGAUUUAGAGCCACGAGGUGAUAAUGACAGAGCUGCCAUUCCAGUGGGCCAUUCCUCAGAGCCUCUCAGGGGGAAAUCUGGCUGAGGCAGGCUAAAUUCCUUCUUGGGCUCCCGAUGCCCCAAGGCGAGCUGUGGUGUCUCAAGCCUCGAUCCAGCCCAUAAUAGUACAUUUUGGAAGUGCUUCCAGUACGUGAAUCGUGUUGGCCCCAUAUAGGAAUCAUCUGGCUGCAGUCAAAACAUAGUCAGAAAGAGAAGCCUGCUGACUG